AUGUCCGGCUCUGCCUCUUGAAAGGAGAGGUGUGCUAAUACCUCCGUGCCAGGCCCCCAGACAGUCACUCUUUAGCCUGCCCUCGACUCUCCAACACCAGCCAUGCAGAGUGUAUCGUCAGCGCUGCUGCUCUUCAGCCUGCUAUUCCUGAGUCAGGAGUAUGGAGCCCUGGGGACAGAGACUCUCCGACACGCCGCCGCCAUAUCAGCCGGCCUGUGUCAGACGCACCCCACAGACCUGGUAUUCAUCCUCGACUCGUCCCGCAGUGUGCGCCCCUCCGAGUACGAGCAGGUCAAAGUCUUCGUGUCCAAGGUGAUCGAGUCCCUCACCGUGGGCCCCAACGCCACCCGCGUCGGUGUGGUCAACUACGCGAGCCAGGUGAAGAAUGAGGUGUCGCUCAAGACCCACCGCAACAAGGCGGCCCUGUUGAAGGCAGUCAGCAAGAUCGAGCCUCUGUCCACCGGCACCAUGACCGGCCUCGCCAUACAGUUCGCCAUCAACGUGGCCUUCAGCGAGGGCGAGGGCGCCCGGGUGCGCUCCCCGGACGUCAGCAAGGUGGCGAUCAUCGUGACGGAUGGGCGCCCCCAGGACAACGUGAAGGACGUCUCCGCCCGCGCCCGCGAAGCUGGCAUUGAGAUGUUUGCGAUUGGCGUGGGGCGCGUGGACAUGCACACGCUGAGGCAGAUCGCCAGCGAGCCGCUGGAGGAGCACACUGACUAUGUGGAGAGCUACAGCUUCAUCGAGAAACUCGCACUGAAGUUCCAGGAGGCCUUCUGCAUGUCUGACCUGUGUGCCACCGGAGACCACGACUGUGAGCAGAUCUGUGUCAGCACCCCCGGCUCCUACAAGUGUGCCUGCAACGACAGCUUCACCCUUCAGGAGGACGGCAAGACCUGCAGCGCCUGCAGUGCCAAAGCCGCAGACGUGGUCUUCCUGAUCGACGGCUCCAAGAGCGUGCGGCCCGAGAACUUUGAGCUGGUCAAGAAGUUCAUCAACCAGAUCGUGGACAAGCUGGACGUGUCAGAGACGAAGUCGCACGUGGGGCUGGUGCAGUACUCCAGCUCGGUGAGGCAGGAGUUCCCGCUGGGCCGCUUCAACACCAAGAAGGACUUGAAGGAAGCGGUGAAGAAGAUGUCCUACAUGGAGAAGGGCACCAUGACCGGUCAGGCCCUGCGUUACCUGCUGGACAGCAGCUUCACCCCCAGCCACGGGGCCCGGCCCGGCAUGACCAAAGUGGGCAUCGUCUUCACGGACGGGCGAUCCCAGGACUACAUCGGAGAGGCCGCCAAGAAGGCCAAGGAGCUCGGCUUCAAGAUGUACGCGGUGGGGGUGGGGAACGCAGUGGAGGACGAGCUGAAGGAGAUCGCCUCCGAACCCAUCGCAGAGCAUUACUUCUACACAGCUGACUUCAAGACCAUCAACCAGAUCGCUAAGAAGCUGCACUUCAAAGAGUGCGAGGAAGAGAACCCAUGUGAGUGCGAGUCCAUCGUCAAGUUCAACACCAAGAUAGAAGAAGACAUAGCAGCACUAACGAAAAAAUUGGAUGCCGUGACAAAGAGGAUUGCCACGCUGGAGAACCGGAUCGUUUAAAGACGUCGAGCACCCCUUCCCCGUCCCCCUCCUUGUUUUAAACAUCAUAUUGUAACAUACUGAGAGUCCUGGCAUGUACUCAGCUUUCCCUAUUGUAUCCCAACCCUGUCCAGCUUUGCCUUCACACAAGCCUCUGGCGUGGAAGACCUAAACGUUGUAUAGAGUGCCAUUGAGCGAGAAACCUUGUAUAAAUGCAGAAAUAGCAACGUAUUUAAAGCUUAAUAUGUGUCUCUGCACAUCGAGAUAUUUAUUGAUAUACAGAGAUGACGAUUCUAGUGUUAUUGUUUCUGUGUGUCUGCUUACAUCUCUGUCCUUUUAAGUUGUAAAACACUAAAGUAUCUAUUAUAUGUAAUAUAUAUACAAAUAAUUUAAUAUAUGAUUGGACAUUGCAAAGUUGUGGAUGCAUUUUUUUAAUGACAAACGUAAAUAUAAUUGUACAAAGAAAAAUAUAGGCAACACUCUAGGGUAAACGAUAAUAACACACCUAUAAGUGUGCAAUAUGUUUUAUAACUGGCUCUUGUACACAGUGUUAAAAGAGCACACAAGGCAUUGAAGAAACAUGAUGCUUUCCUGAGCUUUACAAUAGCAGGUGAAGCUGGAAGACGUAGUGUGAUCCUUGUUAAUGACUGUCAUUACUUCUAAUGCCAUUUCUCUAGAUGUUUUAUUUGUUUUCUUAAACAAAAGUGUAACCACAAUGGCUGGAUGCUGGAGAUGUCUGUUCAUUCCCAGUGUGUGUGUUUGUAUUGAGUCCCCGCUCCCAGCAGGAACCGGGCGCUGUGAGCUCUCAUUGCGAGGGUCAGGGUGCGAGGGGCGCGCUGGGCUGCUUCCUUCAUUCCGUUACGCUCUGUAUAACCGUGGAUCUUUAUUCACGGACUUUCCAAACUUUCAUUAUUAAAAAGAAGCUUUUGUAUUUAACUGUGUUGUCACUGUAGUGGGAGGAACUUAGAAAUAAAAACUGACAACGUGUUUGUUUCAGGACAGAACAAAAUAUUAAAAAGUCUGCUGAAAUUUGGAAAAUUUGACUGUUUUAUUCAGUUUAUUUUUCUUUUUUAAAUGUAACCCCCCCCCCCCAAAAAAAAAAAGUACCCUUAAAAAAGGAAGCAGCGCUGUUCCAAAAGAUAUAUAGCGUUACACAUCCCCACGUGUUGCUACAACUUUUUAAAUAAUGAACCUAUCAUUUUUUUUUCAUUGUUAACAUCCUGACAACUUUUUACACUUAGAACAUUAAAGACCGUUUCAAAGCUAUUUUCAAAACGCCCAUUAGAGCAGACGUUGUGAGAAGAGCUUUGAAGGAGGUGCGUGAGCCAGUCAUGCCGAUCGUCCGGUUCCUCUUGCUAGUCGAGUCGCUCUCAAGCGUAUUUUAAGAAGAACCCGUUUGCACAGACGCUCUCUUCCUUGUGGAUUGAAGGCUUCAUCUGGCAGCCGUGUUGAGAAGCUGCAGCUGCUCUGGGAGCUGGAUGAAGGCAGUAGGGCUUCAGUGGGAGAUUCCCCGUCCAGAUCACCACACCACUCUGCCUCCUGCUUGCUCCCAGAGUAUCUCAGCAUCCCUGCAUAUAUAAUGAAUCUUCAAUACAUGCAAAAGAUGGGAUUGCGUUAAAGCUCUGCAUUUCAACAUGAGCGUUCAAUGGUAAAUGAAAACUGCAAGACCACUUCUGGACCAGCUUACCACAGGGGACUUUAUAUAAACAUUUAUUCAAAGGGUUAUUAAUAAAAUUAACCCGAACAUUUCUGUCCAGCAUGAAAUAAAGCAUUUUUAUACGUCA